AUGGUUGCAGCAGCCAAAAAACUCAAGCUUGGCCGCGCCCUGCGUUCUGCUGCCCGUCUUCCCGCCCGCGUCUCUUCAGGACGCGGCAGCGGCAGGAACGCCUUCUCCCCUAUCCCCGGCGAAGCCCCCAUCGUCUCCCUCCGCGUGCAGGUCCUCGGUUGCUCUGACCUCCUCGCCAAGGACCGCAAUGGCCUCAGUGACCCCUUUGUCGUCGUAUCGGUCCUGAGCAACAGACAGCAGACGCCCGUCUUGAAACGCACGACGAACCCCAUAUACCCUGCCAAGGAUGCGACCUUCAACUUUCCUAUCUAUCUGUCGCUCGCCGAUAAGCUCGGCGUGGUCGAGCUCGUCGUAUGGGACAAGGACAUGCUCAAGAAGGAAUACCUCGGUGAAGUCGGCCUGCCUUUGGAGGACUGGUUUAAGAAUGGCAUAUAUGCGUUCGACGAUCCUGAUAACGAGCCCUUUUCUCUCGACCUCCUCUCCACACGCUCGAAUACAAGUGUGCGAGGCAGUAUUCGUAUCAAGGUCGGCUUCGUCAACCCCCCAGACUUGUUCAACCUCGCCGACUUUGGUGAGACCUAUCAAGAGCUGAUCAAGCGCUCGAGGCCGAGCCUCGUUUCGGCACCUCCUAAAAAGCGCUUGCGGAAGUCGUGGGGCGGAAAGAAGACGGACUUUGACUUCAACGCAGCGAACGACGUUGUCGGGAUCGUCAUGCUAGAAAUUCAGGGUGCAAAGGACCUUCCGCGGCUCAAAAACAUGACGCGUACAGGCUGGGACAUGGACCCAUUCGUCGUGAUUUCGUUUGGUAAGAAGGUCUUCCGGACGCGCGUCAUUCGGCAUUCGCUCAAUCCCGUCUGGGACGAGAAGCUGUUGUUCCACGUACGGCGAUACGAGACGGCGUUCCGGGUGCAGCUCACCGUGCUCGACUGGGACAAGCUCUCGUCGAACGACCACGUCGGCGACGCGGCGUUCGAUGUCUCGCAGUUGACGGCGAACGUCCCUCUCCGGGACUCCAAGACGGGCCUGUACCCUGAGGAGGAGGAUGGGAGCAGGACCUUUCAGGAGUUCACGUUACCGUUGUCGACGGCGAAGGAGAUGCCUUGGGAGUCGAAGCAUAAUCCCACUAUCACUUUCCGGGCAAAGUAUCAGCCGUACGAUGCGCUCCGCCAGCGAUUCUGGUGGCAGUUCCUGAAGCAGUAUGACUCGGACGAUACAGGCUCCUUGUCGCACCUCGAACUGACGUCUAUGCUCGACUCCCUCGGCUCGACCCUUUCGACGGAGACGAUCAACAGUUUCUUCACGCGCUGGGACAAGAAGCCGGUAGAGGACAAUCUCACGUACGCGGAGGCGAUUCAAUGCCUCGAAGCCGAGAUCUGCCGUCCGUCCAGCGAGAAGAAGCGCAUCGAGCAUGAUUACAAAGGGCUAGACACCUCCACUGCUGUGACGCCCAGUCUCAACGCCUCGGAUCCCCACACGACGUCUGCAUCCUCCUCUGACGCGGAAGACUCGUCGGCCAGCGGCGCGUCCGCGUCAGGGUCUGGAUCGGGGUCGAGGUCCGGGGGCUGGAGCUCGUCGGACGACGCAUUCGAGCGCGUGAUCAACGUGAAGAACUGCCCGUUGUGUCAUCGCCCGCGGCUGAACUCUAAGGCGGAGCGGGACAUCGUGACGCAUCUGGCGGUGUGCGCGAGUCAGGACUGGGCGCGCGUCGACAGGAUCAUGGUCAACAAUUUCGUGACGGCGAGCCAGGCGCAGCGCAAGUGGUACACGCGGGUCCUGUCGAAGGUGUCGUCGGGAGACUAUAAGCUCGGGGCUAAUUCGGCAAACAUUAUCGUGCAGAACCGGAUGACCGGUCAAUUGGAAGAAGAGAAGAUGCAGGUCUACGUGCGACUUGGUAUUCGGCUCUUGUACAAGGGUGCACGAGGCAAGAUGGAGGGCGCCAGAGGCAUGUAUCUGUUUUUGUCUCCUGUUCGCAUCGCUUUCUCACGACCGUUAUCAUCAGCGCGCCGGCUCCUCAAAUCUCUUUCCAUCAAACAAGGUGUCAAAUACGACUCCCCAGAAUCGGCACACGAUAUACCAUCCUUUAUUCAAUUCCAUAAUCUCAAUGUGGAUGAGAUCCAGGAUCCCAUUUCCUCUUUCAAGACGUUCAACGAGUUCUUCUACCGCAAACUGAAAAUGUCUGCCAGGCCUAUCGACGAGGCCGAGAAUCCUAACCGGCUUGUGAGCGCAGCGGACUGCCGUCUGAUGGCGUUUGAGACGGUGAACGAGGCCACGCGGCUGUGGAUCAAGGGUCGGGAAUUCACUGUCGCACGGCUGCUGGGCGACGCGUACAAGGGUCAGACAGAACGGUAUCAGGGUGGCGCCUUGGCCAUUUUCCGGCUCGCGCCCCAGGACUAUCAUCGAUUCCACUCGCCUGUCGAUGGCACAAUUGGGCCCAUGACGUACAUCUCCGGGGAGUAUUACACUGUCAACCCCCAAGCGAUUCGUACGACCUUGGAUGUGUAUGGCGAGAACGCACGCAAGAUUGUGCCGAUCGAUAGUCCCCAAUUCGGUCGCGUCAUGGCGGUGUGUGUUGGAGCGAUGAUGGUCGGGAGUAUCAAGACGACCGUCUCGGAGGGAGACCGAGUGAAACGCGGGGAGGAGUUCGGAUAUUUCGCGUUUGGUGGCUCGACGAUUGUGCUGCUGUUUGAGAGGGGCGUCGUCGAGUGGGAUGAAGAUCUGCUGGUCAAUGGUCGUGCAUCGCUCGAGACGCUCGUCCGCGUGGGCAUGGGCAUUGGCCGCCGACCUGGCGCGGCUCCUGCCACGACUGCGGGGAGCGCUUGAACGUCGAACACGCCGCGCUUCGUGAAUCUCGAAGCCUUCCUUGUUUUAUUGGAUAUCCCGGACUCGCCAUACAAAGACAGAGCCUAUCCAUCAUGAGAUUAGAGUUCACAUCCGCCUGCCCAGUCUUACCCGAUCGCUAUCAUUUUUAUGAAGUGUUUUUUUUGUUUUUUAUACACACCAUCACCGCCCCCUUUCCCUUCCUGACAAGUCCACCUGUUUGUGUUAUCUUCGCAUUCACUUUCCUUGGCAAUUGUUUAUCUACAGUGUACUUCUGCAAUAUCUUCGUCUUGGCCCAUUUCAGUUCACGUGGAAAAUUGUGGGCAGGUGUGUUGACUAGCUAGCUCCUGAUGACGUGGCCAUUUUCAGUUCACGUGGAAAAUUGUGGGCAGGUGUGUUGACUAGCUAGCUCCUGAUGACGUGGCCAUUGGAUGAUGUGGAGAAGGAAGGGGAGAAGUGUGGAAAUUCUUGCAGCUGUCUGCUCACAGAAGUUCUUGUCAUCUCGCAGAAAUUUGAAGCGUGUAGAACGUGAAAAGGAUCCGCUAAAUACCCACAUUGUUAUGAGUUCAUCAUAGGGGGGGUUUCAUGAAGAUUUGUAUGCUACAAGCUACGGCUACAGUACAAGUAGAAUGACUCAGAGGAUAUGGCUCUGUAGUGAGGUCAAAUAGCGCACGCUCAAUCGAAAUCACCUGUUCUCUCCAUUUCC